CGUUCUUUCUCCUCGGCUUUGGGCUCGGCGUGUACACGAGAACCGGGAGACAUAAAAUCGAACAGGUUAUCCCGGCUAGCUCUCGGCGGAUGCAUCGCCGCCUCUCCGCCUUCCGAAUCCCGACCAAUGGCUCGCUCCUCCGGCUAUCCCACUCCCUUCCUUCUUCGGGACCUAACCUCCCCGAUCCCCGGCUCGAUUUCGUCCGUAACGAGCUCGAAGAGCUCCAAUCCCUGCAACCUAUGGCCGCUCCGCGCCCAGAGCGAGCUCGGGAACGAGGCCGAGAAGAAGGGAGAGGAGCCGCCGUUGCCAGUGCUGGAAGAGGGAGGGAGGUGGAGAUAUCGCACCCUUGGCCGGAGUGGGUGGAGCUGAUGGAGCGCCUCCUCAAGAAGGGCUAUUUGGACCGCACUGCGUUCCAGAGGGCUUCUCCAGCUUCCUCUUUGAGUGCUUCCAAGGACUCCAACCACAUCCGGACCGCCUGCCUCAAUUUCGCGCGGAAUCACUUCGAUCUCAUCAGGUAUUUGUCAAGGAGAGAUAUUCGGAUUAUUGUGAAAUGGGGAUGCCCAAGCAUAGACCGAAAAGUUGUCAAUUCAGCGAAGCGUUUGAGGGCUCAUGUGGGCAUCGAGGAAGGAGAUGUUUGCAGCUCAUGCAGUUUGCGGGGAACCUGUGAGAGGGCAUAUGUGAAGGCUCGUGAGGAUGAAGGGGGAAGAACUGUGGAUGUUAUCCGAAUUUUAUUAACACUUGGUCUUGAUAUCAUCACUGGGUCGGUGGAGAACCCAGCAUGCCUCAACAAAACUGUUAAAGAAUCUGUUAGGAAGCUGCUGAAUGAAAUGGUGGAGUUCAGUGUCAAGGAACUUGACUCCAAUACUCUGACAGUGACCUCUGGAAAGCCUUUAUCUAGGCUAGAGAAGUCAAGUGGGAAUCAAUUUUUCAAGGGCCAAAUUGCUGUCCCUAUGAAACAGGGCGACUGGAUUUGUCCCAAGUGCAACUUUCUGAACUUUGCCAAGAACAUCAAAUGUUUGCGCUGCAAUGGGGAAUUCCAAGAGAGGCUUAAAAGGUUGCAGGAGGACCAAGAGCAUCUUCCUCUCAAGAAAGGAGACUGGAUAUGUGAGAAGUGCAAUUUCUUGAACUUUGCCAAGAAUACAAAAUGUUUGCAGUGUCAUGAGAAGCCCCCAAAACGCCAACUUAAUCCUGGGGAAUGGGAAUGUCCAUCGUGUAACUAUAUUAAUUUUAGGAGGAACAUGGUUUGUUUAAAAUGUGAUUGGAAACGACCUAAAGCAUCAAAUGGUGGAGAUUUUGCUGGGUCCCAUCAUCAGAAUCAAGGACAUCAGAAGCAUUCUGCUAUCUCAUUUGUCAGAAACAGCGAUGACUCCACUGGACAGCAUGUUCAAUGGAAGCCAACAGAAGUAGAAGACUCAGAUUUCUGGAGUUCUGGGGAAGAUGGAGAUGGCAAUGAUGAAGAUAAGUUAGGUGCACAGAAUAAAUUUGCAGAUAAUUUUCCAAUAUUGGGAGGCAGGAGCACUCUCUCCCAAGACCCUGUUGCCUGGGAGAGGUGGAAGGAAGAAAUGUCCAAGAGCAGUAAAGAGCAUCCAGGGGAGAGAAAUCAAGAAACUGAUGGUGGUUUUGAUUCUGCAGGUCUUAGAAGCAGCAUUGAGUUAGAUGAAUCAAGCGGUGAAGAUGAGAUAGCUGAGUGGUUCCAAAGUGCAAAAGAUAAUGGAAAAUUAAAAAACUAUUCCUAAUGAAUUUUCUUGCAUUGGACAGACUGAUUUUGUUAGAUCUUAUUAGGUCAUCAGAAUGCCUUGUUGGAAUAAUUAUGGCUUUCUUUUACUGAAUCAUCUUAUCUAUUUGUAUUUUUUUUUUUAAUAUACUUUGAGAAUCAAAUAUAGCUGUAUAUUAGAGAU